AAAGGAAAACGAACAACCACGUUGUAAAAGUAUAGCUAGCGAACUAGCAUUCUGACAAGAGAAGGAGUCUCUUCCUCCAACGGAUAGUGCUACAGUGCGUAUAACUGAGGGAAGUCGCAUCAUGGCAGGAGUGAUCGGGCAUAUGGAUCCUUUUGAGGAGACUGGUGAGCAAUGGGGAACGUAUAUUGAACGUUUUGAACACUACGUUUCGGCUAAUGACAUUACGGCCGUAAGGAAAGUGGCUGUGCUGUGUAGUGUGAUGGGACCAAAAACGUAUGGACUACUCCGCAGUUUGGUGGCUCCUACGAAACCUGGUACUAUGAUAUAUGAGGAUAUUGUUGCUGUGUUGCAAGCCCAUUUUGCUCCGAAACCGCUCGUCAUAGCUGAGAGAUUCCGGUUUCAUAAGCGAAAUCAAGGGGAAGGAGAAACUGUUGCACAGUAUGUCGCGGUGCUUAAGAGACUGUCUGAACAUUGUGAGUUUGGUGGCUACUUGGAAGACGCAUUAAGAGACAGAUUUGUUUGUGGAUUAAAAUGUGAAAUGGUGCAGAAGCGGCUUUUGACGGAGAGAGAUCUCACGUUCCAGAAAGCAGUCGAUUAUGCCGUGUCAGCAGAGACUGCAGCACGUGACGUACAGCAGUUGAGCAGUUCUCUUAAAGUGAACGCAGUGCUCUCACAAAAGGGUGAGAGUUGUCGUCGCUGCGGGAAAACAAACCAUACUGAUCAUGACUGCUGGUUCAGAGACCGGGACUGUCACCAGUGUGGGAGGAAAGGCCACUUGAAGCGAAUGUGUCGGAGUAAAACCAAAAAUAGACAAGGUAGAGGACAUAAACAAGAAGAGGGGAAGCCUGAACAGAAAGGCAAUGCAAUUAAACACGGUUUGAAAGACAAAAAGAAGAAAAUUCAUUAUGUGGAAGCAAAUGAAAAUGAAAGUGAACAAACUAAAUCAGACACCGAUAGUGAGUUGGGAUUAUAUACCUUGUCUCAAAAAGGGAAAUAUUCACGUAUAACAGUAAUGCCUUUAAUUAAUGGAAAGAAAAUGGAAAUGGAAUUGGAUACAGGGGCUGCUGUGUCAUUGAUUCCUUGGGAACAAUAUAAAAGAAAUCUGAGCCAGCUGCCUCUACUACCCACUGAUAUUAUGUUAAAGACAUACACGGGUGAGCCUCUGGCACCAGAAGGGGUUGUUAAAGUGCAAGUGGAAUUAAACAAGAAAUGUGCUGUUUUGCCCUUGUAUGUGGUGAAAGUGGAUGCCCCACCUUUGUUUGGCAGGGAGUGGCUGAGAGUCAUUAAACUGGACUGGAGAGACUUAAAGACUGUGCAUGCCAUUGAACAAAGACAAACAAACAAUUUAGAGGCUGUGUUAAAGAGACACUCAGCGGUUUUCUCUAAAAAGUUAGGCACAAUGAAAGGGGUUAAAGCCAGACUGACCCUAAGACCUGAUAGUGUCCCUAAAUUCUGUCCACCACGUAAUGUGCCGUAUGCCCUUCGCCCGCGAGUGGAGGCUGAGCUAAAACGCCUAACUGAGCUGGGGGUAAUCUCACCAGUGGCACAUAGUGACUGGGCUACGCCCGUAGUACCUGUCAGUAAGAAGGACGGCACAGUAAGAUUGUGUGGGGAUUUUAAAGUCACCCUCAACCCAGCUCUCUGCGUGGAUAGGUACCCAAUUCCACGCAUUGAGGACUUGUUUGCUUCUCUAGCAGGAGGUCAGUGCUUCAGUAAGCUAGAUUUAUCGAAUGCCUAUCUACAGAUGGAAGUAGAGGAGAGCUCCAAGAAGCUGCUGACAAUAUCUACACAAAAAGGACUAUUUGGGUUCAAUCGUUUACCUUUUGGCGUAGCUUCAUCACCCGCUCUAUUCCAAAAGGCUAUGGACCAAAUACUUCUCGGACUGCCUCACACUCAUUGUUACUUGGACGACAUCCUAGUUAGUGGUCCUGAUGAACUGACACACCUCAAAACACUGGAUGCUGUCCUGGGAAGGCUAGAAGAAUACGGUUUACACCUCAAACGGGAGAAGUGUCUGUUUUUCCAGGAGUCUGUGGAAUACUUGGGCCAUAUCAUUGAUGCAACUGGGCUUCACAAAUCACCUGAGAAGGUACGUGCCAUUGUGGAAGCACCAGCACCAGGUGAUGUCAGCCAGCUACGUUCGUUUCUAGGGAUGCUUAACUAUUACGGACGGUUCAUUCCCGAUCUAGCCACUGUUCUAAAACCAUUGAAUGAACUGCUCAAUAAAGAGAAGAAAUGGCAGUGGACAUCAGCCUGCGAGUCAGCGUUCCAGGAAGCUAAAACACGACUAGUAUCUCAGGAAGUCCUCACUCACUACAAUCCAGAACUGCCUCUCCGCCUCGCUUGUGAUGCUUCACCCUAUGGGGUCGGAGCUGUGCUCUCACACAUCAUGCCUGAUGGUGAAGAAAGACCUAUAGCCUACGCAUCACGAACUCUCAACAAAGCGGAACAAAACUACGCUCAGAUCGAGAGGGAGGCUUUAGCAAUAGUCUUUGGAGUACGCAAGUUCUAUCAGUACCUUUAUGGUAAUAAGUUCACUUUACUCACUGACCAUCGCCUGUUGACAACUAUUCUGAGUCCAGUGAAAAGUAUACCUUCAAUGGCUGCAGCUCGAAUGCAGCGUUGGGCGCUCCUCCUGGCAGCACACAAUUACACCAUUCAAUACAGGAAAGGUGCAUCGCAUGCCAAUGCCGAUGGAUUGUCGAGGUUACCGCUUCCCCACACCCCUAUGGAAAAACCAGGGGCGGUGGAGGUAUUCUACACAUCUCAGUUGGACACGUUACCAGUUAGCGACACAGAGAUCAGACGUAAUACCAUGUCUGACUCCACCUUGGCUCGUGUUAUGGAAAUGGUCACCACUGGUCGAUUCCCAGCUGCAAAGGACGUGGGUGAAGAGCUGUCGCCCUAUCUUCUUCGCCGCCACGAUCUCACAAUACAACAGGGAUGCCUCAUGUGGGGUGUUAGAGUGAUUGUGCCACCUAAACUACGCCCCCGUGUUUUGAAAGAGCUUCACACAGCACAUCCAGGUGUAGUGAGAAUGAAGAGCUUGGCUCGCAGUUAUGUUUGGUGGCCUGGCAUCGACUCUCAAAUCGAGCUUCAAGCUAAAGCCUGCCACGCAUGUCAGCAUGUGCAAAAAGAUCCUGGUUUAGCACCGUUACACCCUUGGAGUUGGCCAUCCAGUCCUUGGGAAAGGAUACACGUAGACUUUGCAGGUCCAUUUGAAGGACAUAUGUAUCUGGUCAUUGUGGACGCACAUUCCAAGUGGCCUGAGGUGCACAUCAUGGACAGCACCACAGCCAGUGAGACCAUACUGGUGCUUAGGGGCCUUUUUAGUCGCUAUGGCAUUCCACACAUUUUGGUCAGCGACAAUGGACCUCAGUUCUGUUCUGAGGAAUUCAGCACAUUCCUGAAGUUCAAUGGUGUCAAACACAUCCGCUCAGCACCGUACCAUCCUGCCACCAAUGGCUUGGCGGAGCGUUUUGUGCAGACAUUCAAACAUGCCUUAAAAUCAUCCAGAGGAACAACACCGGUGCCGCAACGCCUUGAUACAUUUCUGUUGACAUACCGCAACACCCCCCACGCGACAACAAAAGAGACGCCAGCUAUGUUGUUCGUUGGACGCAAGCUGCGCUCUCGACUGGAUUUUCUGAAACCCAGUGUGGCUGGAGCGGUGCACCAGUCACAGGGCGCUCAACAGCAACGCCGUCUCCAACGCUCUAAAGAGAGACAGUUUGGGGCUGGGGUGCCAGUUCUCGUGCGUGAUUAUAGGAAGGGGAAGGAUAAGUGGACUCAAGGUGUGGUGAUGGAGAAAACUGGACCAGUGUCGUACAAGGUAAAUGUAGGAACACAAGGGGUAUGGAAACGCCAUGUGGACCAGAUGCUGGCUCGUUCUGAGUCAGUGCCUCAACAGUCUGUAGUGCAGAUGCCUGUGAGUCCUCCGUUGUUACUACCGCAGAGUGAUAGUAACAACACACUUAACCCUAGUACACCUCACAUAGGAGUUCCUGAGACCAUCACUAAAACCCCACAACCCAUUGAAACGCCACAUAUGGAACACACACAGGUAACAGAGACUGUAAGACGCUAUCCUGUGAGGAUUACUAAACCACCAGUACGGUAUCGUGAUGAGUGAGU